AUGCAAUAUUAAGACUCAAGAAGAGUGAUUAAUCCUAUCUAUUAAGAUUAACCUAAAUAAGUGAGACCAAGAUCUGUUUCAAAUACAACAAAGUUAUUGGCUUGGGAUCCUCAAUAAAUCAUCUCCAAAACCGAUAUCUCAACAAAUUUAUAACCUACAAGCACUGAUGCAAGGUAAACUCGACAUAAUCAAAGGAAUAUUUCCUCUAUUUUAGGUGGCAAAAAUUUCAUUAAACUUAUUAAUUAACAACCUUACAAUGAUUUAAAUGAUAUUAUUAAACAUUAACAUGUAGUACAAUCUACAAAAGAAAAAUUAAUUAACCCAAAUAAACUAUCUAACCCUGAUGAAUAUCAGAUAUAAAUAUAGUAAGGCUCAAAGUCUUAAGAAAGGUAAUCUGUAAAAUAAGCGAAUUCAUCAAAGGGCGAAAAGGAAAACUAGUUCAAAAUUUAAUAAGAAUUAAUACGAUUAAAUAAAACAGAGCAUGUUUAAAAUAGAGUGCAAGGGUAGAAAGAGGAAAACAAAUAGGUAGUAACUGAAUUGAAAAGACGAAUGAUGAAUUAAACUUAAAAGUCAUAGAUUAAUAAUAAUAAUAAACCAGCUCUCUCGAUGCAAGACAAUAAUAUAGCCAUUAUUACAAUGCAAUUAAAAGACAUCAAGGACGAUAUAUAAUCUCGUGAGAUGAAAUAGCUAUGUUAGAAUAUGGGUUAUCAUAUGAUAAAGUUUGAUAAGGAAUAUGACAAAAUAAAUCAUAGGUAAAAUGGAUAAGGCUCAAUAUAGAUCAGAGGUAUUAACACUGAUUAGAAGCUGAAUACUUUAUAACGAUCAUUAAGUAGAAAGGGAAUUAACAUAGGGGAGUAAAAUCUAAAACUCAAGGAUUUUGUUUCAAAUAAAUAUUUACUUAAAAGCCAAGAACAUUCUUAGCCAGAUAAUCAACAUUCUUAAAAUUAAGAAGACAAACUCUUAAGUAAUUUUAAGAAAUUCCAAGGUAGAUAAAAAGGAUAAUUUUGA